AUGAACAAGAAUAAACAGCGUGCUGCCUAUGUCCUGGGCGUUGGUUUGACAAAGUUUGUCAAGCCACGAGGACUUGUUGACUACACUGAGCUAGGAUUCGAAGCAGGCAUCAAGGCGCUCCUCGAUGCGCACAUCACUUACGACGAUGUAGAGAUGGGCAUUGCGAGUUACUGCUAUGGCGACAGUGUCAGUGGCCAGCGAGUCUUCUAUCAAUUCGGCAUGACCGAGAUUCCGAUCCUCAACGUCAACAACAACUGCGCAAGUGGAUCGACAGGUAUAUCCAUGGCGCGGGACACCGUCUCUCGUGGUGGUGCAGAUUGUGUCUUGGUCGUGGGCUUCGAGAAGAUGAAGCCCGGCAGUAUAGAUCGAAAUUUCACCGAUCGAGAAGACCCCGUUGGGCGAUUCAUGGAUAUGAACUAUAAGAGCUGGGGUAAAGGGAAAGCCUCAGGCGCUGUGCAGUUAUUCGCCAAUGCAGCCCAAGAAUAUAUCAUCAAGAAUGGCGCAAAGCCGGAAGAUUUCGCAGAGAUAGCUCGAAUCAACCACGCGCAUUCCAAGAACAACCCAUAUGCCCAGUUUCAAAAGGAGUACUCCCUCAACCAGAUCCUGACAGGACCGUUGAUUCAGGAACCGCUAACCAUGACCCAAUGCUGUCCAACAAGUGACGGAGGCGCGGCGGCAGUUAUUGUGUCCGAGGCCUUUCUCGAGGCGCGACCACAUCUUCGAGGUCAAGCCGCCCUCAUCGCGGGCCAGGCUUUCCUCACUGAUGCGCCGUCCGCAUUUGACGGCUCGGCCGCAGGGCUGGUAGGUGCCGGCCUUGCCAGGGCGGCCGUCAAAGAGGCUUUGAGACAGGCCAAUGCCACGAUUGCGGAUGUACAGGUCGUCGAGCUCCACGACUGUUUCUCUUCCGCGGAGAUGAUUGCACUAGAUAACCUCGGUUUGUCGGAGCCUGGCAAGGCCCACGAACUAGUCCGCAAUAAAGACAUCACCUACGGCGGCCGCUUCGUCGUGAAUCCCUCAGGUGGUCUGUUGUCCAAAGGGCACCCUCUAGGCGCGACGGGUCUCGCACAAUGUGCUGAGUUGGUGUGGCAGCUUCGUGGGUGGGCGAAUAAUAGACUGGUUCCACAUGUCAACCUCGCCCUCGCGCAUAAUGCAGGUCUCGGUAGCGCCGGAUUCGUGACCCUGUAUAAGCGGGCGGACGGGCAAGAGAACCACCCAGUGGAAAGCGAAGAGGUAGCGGAGAUCACGGGAUUGGCCUACAACCCUGCAGUCCAUGCGAAGGGUUUCUCCAGAGAGCAAGCAGAAAGUGUGCGCUCCAAACGUCGCAGCGAGUGGGCGCUCGGACGCACCUUGGACAAAGUGUCAGCGAAGUUUUAG